AUGGCAGACCUGUGGAAGCCUUUGCUUCUGUUGUUGGCGUGGAGUCCUCUGAGUUUCUCCUCCACAGUCAGCUUCACUGGUUCACCACAGGAAUGUGAAAAGGCUCACUUUGUCCCAGGGUACAACCUGGGUGGGGAAGGCUUCGACAUCGUCACCAUGGAGAGAAAAGGUGCCUAUGUCAUCGACACCGAAACGUGGAACCUCGGAAAUGGCACCUGCAGAAUGUACAGCAACAGCUACAUGAGAGGAGAGAAACAGAAGGUCCCAGUUGCUGUGGUGGACUGGAGAAACCUCCCCAAGUGCACCAUGACAGUCUCCAGUAUGCUGUAUGAUUCUGUCGAAACGCUCGUCAAUGAUUCCACAUCGUCUGUGUCCAACGACUGGAAAAUUGGUCUAGAUAUCCCAGUGGAUCCUUCAGCGAGUGUCGGGGUUGGUUUCGGAGGUUCCCACUCCAAGGCAGCAAAGUUUGGGAUGACAAAGUCCAAAGAAGACCGCUACAGCUUUGUUCACCAUUCUGUGGACUGUAACUUCUAUCGUUACAGAAUGACAACAAACCCUCCCCCAAGUCAUGACUUCCUGUCAGCUGUGAACUCACUUCCUCCUUAUUCUGCUGCGAAGGCGCCACUGUAUCGUGAUCUGAUCGACACCUUUGGGACACAUUACAUCACACAGGUGUCUCUAGGGGGAGCAAUAAAAGCAACGACUUCUUUCAAGACCUGCUUGGCGUCCAUGAGUGGUCUGACAGCAACAGAUGUCGGCGAUUGUUUGUCAGUUGAAGCUUCGGCAAGCUUUGCAAGCAGUGCUAGCAUUAAGGCCAUGUCCAAACACUGUCAGGAAAAGAAAAAGAACUUAACCUCUAGUCGAAGUUUCAGCUCUGAGUUCAGUGAGCGAUUCACAGAAGUCAUUGGUGGGGAUGAACACGACGUUCUGUUCUUUCAAGAUGAUUCAAACACCGAUGCCAAAAAGAACUGGCUGAACUCCCUCAAAACCACACCUGAUGUGGUCCACAAGGCCCUUAACCCCCACCAUCUGCUCCCU